ACUUUCUCUGACUUUCUCUCCAAGAGUUUUUCCGAGAAAACAUUUUCUUGCGCUCUCCCAGAUUUUCAGAGUCUCAAUUCUCACCAAUUCUCGCACCUAAUUACCCGCAAACAAUGAAGAAAUUAGGACUCUUCGCUGCCUCUGUUGCGGCUGUCUCCGCCACUGCAAUUUCUGCAUCUUCGUCUUCCUCAAGCUUCUCUUGCAACACCAAUUUCGAGCCUUCUACGAAAUUCAUUUUAGUAUUAUUCUCCCCUGAAUUUUACCCUGUUUUGUUGCCUGGAAAAUGAUGACCAAGAAGUUGGGUCCUUAAUUUACAACUUUCAAUUGAGCAGAUUGAAAUAGGUAUUUUUAAUGGAUAUAAUAGGUUUUUCUCAUACAUCAUUUUUAACUUAGUUGCCAUGGCUUUUCCCCUGUUUGGUUGCCUAGAAUAUUUUUGCAGAAUUUGCAACUCCAGUCCCUCUAUUUCCUAGGCAACCAAACAAAAUUUUUCAAUUUUUCUCUGUUUCACAAUAUUUGUAGAGCUUUUAUUCAUAAUUUGGUAUGAAGUUCUAUUAUUUUAGUUUUAAAAAAUUAAGGCCACCCCUUUUGUGGAAAUUCAAUAUAAUAUGUAAUGUUUGUGUGUGUAAUUUUGUAGGUGAAGAAAAAUGAGGAAAGUUCUGGAACUAAACAAUCCGUAUUGACCGAGAAAUUUGCCCCAAGAUUUGAUGGAUUGAGGUUCAUUGAAACAUUGGUCACUGCUCAUAGAUAAAGCUUUGGUCUUUUGGCUUUACCACAACUUAUUCUUACAUUAUUAAUCUAUUUUUUACCCUUUUUCAUAGGUUUUCAUUAAAACAAAAUUGAAAAAUGUCUUAUCUAGUAAGAAGUUUAGAUCAAGUUUGAGUUUUUGUAUAAAUAGGGAGGGUUUUAGAAAAGGAGAUGGAUGUUUCUAUUGCAUACCAUGCUUAUUUUAAAACUUUUGAGAGAGCAAAGAGAGAUCAAUUGUAAUAUUAGUAUCAAGUUUUGCACUGGUAAUUUCAACAGAAUUAUGAAGUUCCCCUUCUAUGUGUAGGGCUUUCUUCUAUUGUUUUUCUUUUCCUUAAAAACCUUUCUCCUACUUGUUAGAUGUGGGCCUCUUAGAAAAGAAAUGCGGAAUUGAGCUGCUGAUACUAUUCAAAAUGGUGCAUGAAGCAUGACAAUGAUAUUCUAUGCUUCGAAAUUCC